AUGGAUCAAAGAAUAACCAAUAGUGAGCGAAAAGCGGAUCAAAGGCAUCAAGAGGUCACCGCACAUCAAAAGAUGAUGGAUAAUCAAGUGGCUCAACUCGCCGAGAGGGUGACCAAUCUAGCCAAUGAGAAGCUCCCGGGCCAACCUACUACCAACCCGGCUACCACCCAUCAUAUCAAAGCUAUCUCUCUUAGGUCCGGAAAGUCUUAUGAGGGGCCUAGGAGUGAUCAAUCGGAGCACAACAAGGAGGGUGAAGAUGUUGAAGGAAGCAUUGAGAAGAAGAAGGGUGAAGGUAGUGAAAAGAGCAAGGAAGUUGGGAAAGACAAGCAACCAUCAACAUCUUAUCAACCAUCAAGGUUUGAACCACCACCGCCUUAUCCCGAGAGGAUUGUUGAGAGGAGAUUGAAUGACAAGUACAACAAGUUUAUGGCUAUGCUUAAGUCACUUCACAUCAACAUUCCAUUCCUUGAAGCCAUGACUCAAAUGCCACCCUAUGCAAAAUUCCUCAAGGAACUCCUCUCCAACAAAAAGAAGCUAAGUGAUGAGUGUAUCACUCUUCCUCAUCAAGUUAGUGCCCUAGUGCAAAGAACCUUGCCUACCAAGCAAUGUGAUCCGGGAAGCUUCACUCUUCCGGUCAAGAUUGGUGAUAUGGAGACCACGGGUGCACUAGCCGAUCUUGGGGCAAGUGUGAGCCUCAUGCCACUAUCCAUUGCAAAGAAGCUCAAGUUCGAGAUGAUACCUUCAAGAAAGGUGAUUCAAUUAGCCGACCGGUCCACAAAAUUCCCAUGCGGUGAGUUAGAAGACGUUCCUAUCAAGAUUGGGAAUUUGUUUGUGCCUUGCGAUUUUGUGGUGAUGGAUAUGGAGGAGGACCCUCAUACUCCUCUUAUCCUUGGAAGAGAGGCACUCAAGACCAUGGGAGCGGUCGUCAAUUGCAAAGAUAAUACCAUUACAUGUGAGGUGGCCAAUGAGAAGUACAAGUUUGAAUUCUCAAAGACUUUGAAGCAACCUAUGGUAGAGAAGAUUUGGCGGGUGGACUUGGUGGACUCCGAACUUGAUGAAUUGGUGAAGUCUCAUGAGGUAAUUAAAGACAAGGGUGAUGAAGACCUCCCAUGUGAGGAGGUGGGUGAAGGAGAAUCUUUGUGUGCCUUGGAGGUUGAAAGCCUUGAAGGUGAAACUCAAGCGUGA